AUGACUAACAAAUUAGCAUUUGAAGCACUUGAUAGGACGUUGCGUGAUAUAAUGGUUUCGGUCUCUGAUAGGAAUAAAAAUUUACCUUUUGGUGGGAAGGUGGUUGUUCUUGGUGGUGAUUUUAGGUUAGGAAUCGGGUCUGAACAAUCAACUGCUCAGGAGUUAAGGUUGUUUUCAGAUUGGAUACUUCAAAUCGGUGAAGGUCGAUGUGGAACAGUGGUUAACGAUAAACUUUUUGUUGAUAUUCCUUCUGAUCUAAUCAUUCCUGUCUUGGAAAAUCCAGUGGAAGAUAUUGUAAAUACAAUAUACCCGGAUUUGGUUCAGAAUUUUCGUGAUCCAAGUUUCUUCCAAGAUAGGGCAAUACUUGCUCCGACUGUCGACAAUGUUGAAGAGAUAAACAAUUAUAUAGUUGAUUUGUUGCCCGGUGAGGUGAAAAAUUAUCUCAGUGCUGAUUCGAUAUGUGGUAGUGAUGCCUAUUCUGAUGUUGAUGUUGAUUGGAUAACUGUUGAAUUCUUGAAUCAGAUUAGGUGUUCUGGUUUACCUAAUCAUUCGUUAAAGUUGAAAAUAGGCGUUCCUAUUAUUUUGUUGAGGAAUAUUGAUCCGGCCGGUGGUUUGUGUAAUGGGACUCGACUUGUCGUGCGAGAUCUAGGGACAAAUGUCAUUGGUGCAGAUAUUGUUUCUGGUAGCAAUGUUGGGGACAAAGUUUUUAUCACCAGAAUGAGUAUGAUUCCUAGUGAUACGGUUAUACCGUUUAAAUUCCAACGCCGUCAAUUUCCGGUUUCUUUGUCCUUUGCGAUGACAAUCAACAAAAGCCAGGGUCAGACAUUAUCAACGGUCGGUUUGUUCUUGCGUCGUCCUGUGUUUUCUCAUGGUCAACUCUAUGUAGCUCUUUCCCGGGUUCGGAAUAGAAACGGUCUUAAGAUUUUACUUUGUGAUGAAGGAUUAGAUGAUGCUGGUAGGACUGAAAACGUUGUCUUUAAGGAAGUUUUUGAUAAGAUAUAA